UUCCCCACGUGCCUGCCACUCGCGUCGCCAGAGCGGGUCGCCUCGCCGCCGACCACGACGAACCAGCUCACCAGCGAGAGGGACCGAGACCGAGGUAGCCGCCGGGCACGACUCUUCCUCCUCUCCUCCCCUCCUCUCUCCCCUUCCACGCGUCGCGCGAGCCCGCCUCCCGGCUCGUCGGAGCAGGGACUCGAACUCCGCGGCCAGCGGCCUCCUCCGGACGAAGCCUCGGCGGAGAACCAUCAUCGGACAUGGCGGCGGCGCUGCUCCGCGGGCCCGGGGCCGGGGCGGCGGCGGCGAUGGCGAGGAGGUGGCCGGCUCCCUCCGGCGGCGUCCUCCGCUUCGCGCCGCUCGCCACGUCGAGGGUCCCGGCGUCUCUCGCCCGGGGAUCGAUUUCCGCCGGCGUCGCGUCCAAGCCAUUGACAGCAAUGUGCAUGAAAGCAGAGUAUACCAGCAGUCCUGUUGAUCCUAAUGCUGUCACAGAGCAUGCAGAAGAUGAAAAUCAACAGCCAACCACCGUCUCACCUACUAAUACAGAAAUGGACAUAGACCAAGAGGCUGUUCCUCAACACAAGGGUGCAAUAAUACAUGAUUUUUGCCUAGGGAUCCCUUUUGGUGCAAUUUUAUUUUCCAUGGGUCUUGUUGGAUUUCUGUUUUGGAGGAGUACCGUAAGUCUUACUUUCGGUGUUGCACCUGGCCUUGCAAUAUUGGCCCUUGGUGUGCUUAGCCUCAAGGUUUGGAGGAGUGGAAAGUCAAGCUUGCCCUUCAUACUGGCACAAGCAGCUGUUGCUUCUGCAGUAGCAUGGAAGCACUUUCAGGCGUACACCACAACAAAGAAACUGCUUCCCUGGGGCUUUUACAUUGCACUCAGUGCUGCUAUGAUCUGCUUCUACUCAUAUGUGGUACUUGCUGGGGGCAAUCCACCACCAAAGAAGAAGGCAGCAGUUGUUCAGUAAAUCAAACUUGUAGUCCGUUCGUGUUUUCGUAAUUGUACCGAUCAUAGAAUGUGUUCUCUUUUUUUUUUUUCCAUUGGAGCACGGCAAAAAGAAUAAGUUGUAUUCAACCUUAGCUCAUUUGGGUACAUAACGAAAAUACAGUUUUUCC